AAAUCACAAAGCCACCACUAGCACCUAAACCAAAGAUUAUUGGUGAUCUUUCUCCAGUAGCUGUCUCCAAAUUUUCUCCUUUGCUGCCAAGAUCUGACAUUCUUCAUAACACAAAUUCUACGUCUAGGGGUCCCAAACCACCUAUUGCUCCCAAACCAAAACUCUCAGUUAACACCGAGGGCAAAUCCAGUGCUUAUACCAGCAAUAACUUAAAUCAGUUCUCAAAUGGGAAACUGGGAUGUCCUGAUGGAGAAAUGUAUGAAGGAGAUCAAUAUAAUGACGAGUGCCCAGAUUCUGAGGCGGAUAAUGCAGUUCCUGAAGCACAGCUGACUAGCAAAGACUAUGACUUGGAACAUGACCAUGAUCAGAGCCUAGACUCCUCAGCGGAGAAUGUAGUCUUGGAAAUUCCAGAAACGGCGCGGGAGGAAGAGGAUAUCAACAUUGUUAAUGAUGAGGACACUGGCAACCUAGAAAGUACCGAAUCUGACCAUGACCCUUCAGAUACUGCUGAACUGAGGGAUCCAGACUCAGAAGAGUCAAUCGGAGACUGUGACCAGUCCAAAAUACUUUGUGAGGCCUCAGAUGCCUCUGAUGUGGAUAAUAAUGCUUCCAAAAAUGCAGAUGAAGAUGUAAAUGACUGCAGUAAAAUAAAAAACAAUUUGGAGGAAUCUUUUAAUAGUCUGCAACUGGCUAAGAAUUAUAGCUAUUGUAAAACUGACAAUGAUCAUAUUUUGAAUAAAGAUAAGGAUGCGAUGGAUGAUACCUGUGAAGAUAAUCUAACGAGAAAGUCUCUGCCUGAGACUUCAGAAGAGGAAGACAGGUGUCCCGCACAUGAUGGUGAUCACGGUGUGCAAGAACAGCUUGAUUCGAACAUGGAAGAAGUGUUGGAAGAUGAUGGCUGCGAGGGCUGUAACACGCUGCCCAAGGAGGCCCAUGAAGAAACAGCUCCCAUCCUGGAACUGACUGAAAAUGAACCCAGCACUGAAGAUGGCUUGGGAGACUCCAUCCAUCCAGCUGCAGCUGAAAAGGAGGAAUCAGACUCAGACAACCACACUGACACAAACACAGAACAUGCUAGUCAUGGCUGCCACAUCACUGAGAGGACAGGCACAGAGGAGACAUCAGAAGCAGCCUGUGAAGCAAGCAAAGACUUUGAGAAAGAAGAGGAAGAAACCGGGAUUGCAGAGAGUAUUCAUAGUGGUUGUCAAAUUACUCCUUUUGAGAAUGAAUGUGGUGAGGAAAUACCCCAGGAGCGCUCGGAGGAGAACCCACAAACCCAAAGGACCUCUCUAGAUGAAGACGACCACACUAAUGAUCCAGGGAUGGAGUCAGAGCUGGGAAAUGUGCUCAUUGAAGACCAUAGUGAAAAUAUUGUGGAAACCUCUAUGACAGAUUUACAGUUCCUUGAAGACAAUAAGGUGGAAAAAAACAGCCCCAGCAGAAGUGUCCUAGCUCCACCUGAACAGGUUCAAUUUAAGGAAGAGUUAGCAGUCUGUGAGAAAGGCAAAAUGAACGCAGAAUGUGAGAACAAACAUGUCUUGCAUGAAGCUUUAGCAGUCCCUGAAGUGGUAAUUGAGCCUGAACAAUCAGAGGAAAGAGAAAUUAACAGUGAUUCUCUAGAUGACCCUUAUGUGCUUCCUGCAGAAAAUGAAAUCCCUCAUGAUGGACCGACUGAUAUAAGAGCCGAUCACAGUCAAAAGGAUGACUUAAGUAUGGAUGAUGAAAACAAUUCGCUGCCCAUUGAUCGGAAAAGCAUCGUCACUAGGACCCGAUCCCUCUCUGGGAAAAUGCCAGGUUAUGUGCCAGAAACAGUUCCAGAAGAAACUGGGCCUGAAACUGAUUUGCCAUCUCCUCACAAUGGCUCUGGGACUAAAGAUUUGAGCAGUAAUUUAUUGUCAGUGGAAGGAAAACCAAUGGAAGUAAAUAGGGCACUAUCAACCAUGUCAAGAUGCUUUGCUUUAUAUCCUCGAUCUUACUCUGUUGAAGGGAGAGAGAUGCCUGUCUCCAUUUACAAAGAAAGUGAUGGCUGUGUACUGGAUGAAGGUAGAAUAAAAAGGACAGAAGAUAACUUGUCUUUACCUUGCGUCCUUGGUUCCUCAGGUAGUUUUUCCCAGAGAAAUCACCUUUCAUCAGGUGGUUUAUCUACCCCAUCCUCAGUUGUUGAUAUACCACCUCCUUUUGAACUUGCCUGCAUCACCAAAAAGCCAAUCACUAAAAGCUCCCCUUCACUUUUGAUAGAAAAUGAGUCACCCGAUAAGUAUUCCAAGAAAAAGAAAUCUUCCUUUAAGAGGUUCCUCACUCUAAAAUUCAAGAAAAAAAAUGAAAAUAAAGUUCAUGUGGAUGUUAAUGUUUCAUCUUCGAGGUCCUCAUCAGAGUCCAGCUAUCAUGGACCUUCAAGGCUGAUGGAGCUGGACAGGAGGAGCCUAAGUAGUUCACCUCAGCUAAAAUCACAUGCAGGGAAGCUCCGUAUGUCUGAGUCUCCCUCAGCUGUUCUAUUCUAUAAGGAUGGUAAGAGAAAAGGAACGCCCAAGUCCUUCAGCAGGAGUGUGUCAAGAGUGGAGUCCUUUGAAGACCGGUCCAGACCUCCUUUCAUGCCACUCCCAUUAACAAAACCUAGGUCCAUUUCUUUUCCCAACGCUGACACUUCCGACUAUGAAAACAUUCCAGCUAUGAGCUCUGACUAUGAAAAUAUACAAAUUCCUCCUCGAAGACCCACAAGAGCAGGAACUUUUACCGAGUUUUUUGAAGAUCCCAGCAGGGCAUUAUCUGCUGCUAAUGAGAAUGAUGGCUAUGUGGAUAUGAGCAGCUUCACUGGCUUUGAGAAUAAGCACCAAACCACAGACCAGGAAACAGAAAGCGCGUACACUGAGCCCUACACGGUGUGCCCAGUCUCUGCGAUACCUGUGGAGGUCAUGACUUCUGAUGAAGAGCAGAAGAGUUCAGAGGAUGAGGAGACCAGCCAGGACGACACUAGCCACAUCAACAAGAAAGAAGGCCAGUCCAGAGCUUACCUCAUUGCACAGGAGCUGAUGUCUACAGAAAAGAUAUAUGUGGAGAUGCUCCAGCUGUUACAGAUGAAUUUGUAUGAAGGUAUCUUGCAAGUGAUUGGGAAAGAAGAUGAGAAUGAACAAGAAGAGGUUAAACUCAAGCAAGGCUUAAGUGAAAUCCCUGCAAUUUAUGAAUUACAUCAAGAGAUUCUGGGAGAACUGGAAGAAAGAGUCUUUAAAUGGGAGGAACACCAGAAGGUUGCUGAUGUUUUUCUCUCCAGAAAAUCAAGGUUCAAUCACCACACCGCAUACAUUACACAGUUUGAUAGGAAUUUGGCUUUGGUGGAUGAAACUUGCCUUAAAUAUUCCCAAUUGGCUACCAUCAUUCGUGAAUUUGAGCAGAACUCUGGUGACAGCCCACAGAGUGUGAAGCAUCAGCUUCUGAAAGUGGCGCAGCGUGUUUUCCAGUACCAUGUGCUGCUGACAGAUUACUUGAAUAAUCUUUGCCCUGACUCUACAGAAUAUGAAGCCACGCAAGCUGCCUUACUCAUUGUCUCUGAAAUCACAGACCGAGCCAAUGACAGCAUGCUCCAAGGGGAAAACUUGCAGAAGCUGGUGCACAUUCAGCACAGUGUCAGGGGGCAGAGCAGCCUCCUCCAGCCAGGAAGGAUCUUUGUUAAAGAGGGAACACUGAUGAAAGUUUCUGGAAAAAAAUGGCACCCUCGGCAUUUGUUCUUGAUGAAUGAUGUUCUGCUGUACACAUAUCCCCAAAAGGAUGGCAAAUACCGACUGAAAAGCACCUUGGCUGUGUCAGGCAUGAAGGUCAGCUGCCCACUGACAGAAAAGUCCCAGAACAUCCUGAAGAUUGAAAAUGAUGAACACUGCCUGACCCUGUCAGCAAGCUCUUCCUCAGAAAGGGAUGAUUGGUACAGCUGCAUCAGCAGACACAUCCCAGAUGACUGCAAAGCUCAAAACACUUCCACCUUCCACACCAGCGUGGAGCUAAGGGAAAGGCUUGGAAUACCCUUGGGUGAGAGGCCUCCUACUUUGGUACCUGUGUCCCACGUCAUGAUGUGCAUGAACUGUGGUUGUGACUUUACCCUCACCCUGAGACGCCAUCAUUGCCAUGCUUGUGGGAAGAUUGUAUGUCGAAAUUGUUCGAGAAAUAAAUACCCUAUGAAGUACCUCAAGGAUCAAGCAGCCAAGGUCUGUGAUAGCUGCUACUUGGAAUUGAAAAAAAGGGAGCGACCACUAAGUGUGAGUUUCCCUCCAACUUCAUCCAGGUGUUCGAACAGUGCCUUCUCCUCUGUCUUCCACAAUAUUAAUUAUUCAUCUUUUAAGAAGCAAAAGAAGAUUCCUUCAGCUCUUAUGGAGGUGGCAGCCUCAGGAGAGGGAGCUACCAUCAGUGGUUAUCUCAGUAGAUGCAAGAGAGGCAAAAGACACUGGAAGAAACGCUGGUUUGUUAUCAAGGGCAAAGUUCUCUACACCUAUGCAGCAAAUGAGGACAAGGUUGCCACAGAAAGUUUGCCUUUGUUGGGUUUCACCAUCACACAAGAAAAGGAAGGAGGAGGCAUGGAUGCAGUUUUCCAUCUCUACCACAAGCAAACCCUCUUCUAUAGCUUCCGAGCAGAGGAUAACAAUUCAGCACAGAGGUGGAUUGAAGCCAUGGAAGAAGCAUCCAUAUUAUAGCAGCAAAUGGACUUGGAAUAAAACUUCAUAUUUCUAUACAUUCCCAGCAACCCUCUUCUGUCUUACAAAAAUGAUCAGUGUAUUUCAGGCAAACCAGCUACACACACUGGAUCUGAACUGUUUCCAAGUUUCUCUUUCUUGCUUCCUUCCACUUUCAUCCAUAUUUUUGCAAAUGGAAGCUAAAAUAGAGAAUAUUUAUGGUCAUCUUUAUAUCUGCGCAAGUUCAACUUGUGCUAUAAGCAUCUCCUCACAUCCCACAGU